AUGAAGCUGAAGGAGGCCGAGCGGAUGGCUGUCCAGGCCUGGAGCCCUGCGGGCCACCACCCCAUCUGCUUGGCGGCAGGAACGUCUGCCCAGCAGCUGGACUCCUCCUUCAGCAAUAGCGCUGCUCUGGACAUCUUCGAAGUGGACUUCAGAGACCCCUCUUUGGAGAUGAAAUACAGGGGAAGCCUUUCUGCCUCUCAUCGAUUUCACAAACUCAUCUGGGGCAGCUUUGCCAAAGGAGGAUCUGAUCCCUCUGGAGUGAUUGUCGGUGGUGGGGAUAACGGCGCCAUCACCCUGUAUGGCGCUUCCCAGAGUCUGGCUUCAGCAAAUGAGCCAGCGAUUGGCCACGCAGAGAAGCACACCGGCCCUGUCCGAGCACUCGACUUCAACCCUUUCCAGGACAACCUACUGGCUUCUGGAGCCAACGACUCUGAGAUUUACAUCUGGGAUCUGAAUAACUUCAAUACGCCGAUGACUCCGGGGGCUAAAUCGCAGCUUCCCGAGGUCGUCGGCGUGGUGGCCUGGAACCAGCAGGUGCCGCACAUCCUCUCCUCGGCCCACCCCAGCGGGAGGACCGUCUUGUGGGACCUCCAGAAGAACGAGCCCAUCAUCAAAGUCAGCGACCGCGGCAGCAGGAUGCACUGCUCAGGAAUGGCUUGGCAUCCCGAGAUUGCCACCCAACUGGUACUCUCCUCAGAAGAUGACCGCUGGCCAGUGAUCCAGAUAUGGGACCUGCAGCUUGCUACCUCUCCCCUGAGCCAGCUGGAGGGCCACACAAGAGGCAUCUCGUCUCUCUCCUGGUGCCGCGCAGACCCGGCCCUGCUGCUGACCAGCGCCAAAGACAGCCGGAUCCUGUGCUGGAACCUCUGCACCAGCGAAGUGGUCUACGAACUGCAGACGCCCCCCCAAUGGUGCUUUGAUGUCCAGUGGUGCCCUCGGAAUCCGUCUGUUUUCUCCACCGCCUCUGUUGACGGGCAGCUCAGCCUUUAUUCGGUGAUGGGCAGCAGCCUGGAGGCGCAGCAGAAAAGCCAGGCUGACAAGAUCUCCUCCGCUUUCAGCCACCCGGACCCUUGUGGCACCGGGGAGACCCUCCUGCCUCUGCAGGUGCUGGAACGUGUGGCUCAGGCAGCCGUGAUCCCGCCACUGAAAAAGCCUCCCCAGUGGAUCCGCAGGCCGGAGGGGAAAGGGCUGGCUGGAGAGGGUGAUAUGCUGGGUGCCCGUAUGGAGACAGAAGGAGGAGGGCCCCCCUCCCAUGAAGCCUGCCUCUGUUACAUCUCCUCAGGGAAUGUCGAGAGAUUGGUGGAAUGCUGGGUGAAAAUCCAUGGCGUCUCAUCUCCACUAGCGCUCCAGGAUCUGAUGGAGAAAGUGAUGGUGCUCACCAGGUCCCUGGAGAUGUACAGCAGGGAUCCUGGGCUACCCCCAGGUCCGGUCGUGGUGGAGCAGACAGUUCGGUAUGCCAGCCUCUUGGCUUCCCAGGGCUGCUUGGCAGCAGCAGUGAGCCUCCUGCCAAACACCCCUGGCCCGCCCCUGGUGAAGCAGCUCCGAGACCGUCUGUGCCACGCACUGGGCAAGGGUGUGGCCGAGCAGCAGCCCUGUUUCCCAUGGUGGUGCCCACACAGGAGCACUUCAGCAACUGUUUCUGAGCGGUUCACCCCUCCCACCCCAAUCACAACCCCUGUAAUGAACGUCCCUGUAGAGUCUCCUGGCGGUCCUCCUGUACGAUCUCCAUCCCGGGAGUUUGUUUGUGGGCCUCCAGGAAUGCAGACCGAAGGCGGCGUACAGCUUCAUCACUUGCCUGUGGUGCAAAUUCAGAAGAAGGAGAUACCUCCUGAACAUCCGGUGCUGAAGACCACCUUUGAAAACCUGGUGCGGCACUGCUCAUCCGUUGCUACUGAUGUUAAAACCAAAAGGAAGCUGGAGGAUGCGACCCAGCGACUGGAGUGUUUGUAUGAAAAGCUGCAGGAGCAGGCUCUCUCCCGUCCCGUCCUGCUGGGCCUGCACGAGAUGGCGCGCUGCGCUGGGGCGGGCGGUUACCAGCAGGCCCUGGCACUGCACGUGCAGGUGGUGAGCAGCAGCAGCUUCAGCAACGUCUCCAGCUUCAUGCCUGCCCUGAAGGCCCUCCUCGCCGUUGCCCAAAAGCUCAGUGUUUAG